AUGCUGGGUUCCGAUGGACAAUCACACGUGACGGAUAUUCACUCUGCCGCUUUCUUCGACAGUGACGAUGAUGCUGAAUUUCCUACAGAAUUGCUUGGUGAAGAUUUGGGUGGCAAUGAUGCUGGGCCGUCAAGCUCUACUAAUGCCAAUGGAACCAGCCAGAAGCGUGAUGCCGAUGCUCUAGACAUGGAUUUAGACGAGUUCGACUUCGUGGCAGAUGAGGAACUUGAUGCCAUGGACGCUGCGCAGACUGAGGGCGAUGGCGAUGCAAAUGCGGAAGCUGCUGUGAAGAAGAAGAAACCAGCGGCGAAGCGUGUCAAGAUGACCGAAGAUCUGAUUCUCGGAGAGAACGGUUUGCCACUUCUACAUAGCGUGCUCAAAUCUGUCAAGUUCAAGGGAAAAGGAUAUGAGAGCUACGACCUGCGGCGACUUAUUCUGGCCUAUGAAAUGUGGGCCCACCGCUUAAUGCCUGGACUGCACUUCGACGACUUCACUGCGCAAAUCAGCCGGAAAGGAACUGGAGUCAUCAGGCACUUUAUCUCCGUCAUGAAAGAGGAGGCCAUGUCAAAGCGACCGGACGAGGGCUCGUACGAGACAUUAGACGAUGAAGAAGCAGCAGCGCUGGAACAAGCUGUGGCUGAAGACGAACGCAGGAGGCGAGAAGCAUCCGAUGACGAAAAUAUGGAUGCAGUUUUCGACAGCAUGAGAGGAUCAACCACAGCCACCACCGCAGAGUCGGCCCGUUCGUCGGCCAUACCACUCACCAAGAAGACCGCCGCCCUCUUAUCUCCCACACUGCUCAAGCGAAUGGCUGAGAACAGACAGAAUGCGCUGGCAGCUAGGGAAAGAAAGCGGCAGAAAGAACAGGACCAGUACAAGCAGACUCAAAAGGACAAGGAAAUCACACAGAUCACGAAGGAUGAGAUUGUGGAGGAGAUUGACGGAGACGAUAUAAGGCACAAAACUAAGAACGAUACGGGUGUGACGAAGAAUUCUGAAGGCCCAAGUGGGGCGAGUGAUGAAUCAAAUGAUUCAUUCUCUGAUCCUCCUGGAGGUGACCGUUUACCUGAAGAUGGUGCAGAAUCCACCAAACUCAAAGCGGCUGAAAACGAACACGGUGUUGCAACUGACAUGGAUGUAGCAGAAACCAAGAAAUCUGUCGAUGCAGACGACCACUCGACAUUAAAAGAUACAGUAGAGAAUAGUGUAGUUGAAGACGCUGAGGGUGACAUCGUGCUCGGGGAUGCUGUAGCUGACACUGAACACAAAGAUGUAGUGGAAUCUGUACAUAUAGGCGCGGCUGAUACCGACACAUGUAAAGUAGCAGGGGACUACUCGAUGUAUAAGGAAGUAGCGCAGGACACCGAGGUUGAGGUGACAAAGAAUGCCACAGUACAUACGGAAACCUUAGAUAAAGCUGGAGUCCCCGAUGAAUUCGAGGUGGAUAGCAGUAAACAAGAAAAUAAUACAGAUGAAAUGAAGAACAAGAAUGCUAAGAAGGAUCUCAUACAAGAAGGUCGUGUAGGCAAACCUGAUUCCGCAGAUGCUGAUGAGCAGUCUCGCCUUUGUGGCAUUGAAACGAGUACCAAAGUCACAGACACUGGGGAGGCUGCCGGGCUCGAGGAUGCUAUGGAUGCCGCACAAGUCGAGGUGAGUGAGAAUACUUCUAUACCCAAUAAUAACACAAAAGAGAUGAAUUUUGAUGCUCUUCAAGCCGAGGCACAAUUAGAGGUCAGUGUCAAUGCUUUGAUACCAGUUGAUGCUGCUCAAGACGACGUGAACCCCGAUGGUGCUCAGGACGAGUCCGCAAAGACGGAUGCUGCUGAUACUUUGAUAUCUGAAGAAGCUGCUGGUGAUGUAAAGCCCACCGAUGCUUCAAGUAUUACAGAAAACGGAAAUACAGAGAAAACCGGCGUAACAACGGACACUGUUGGUGGUCUAGGUUGUGAAGAUUCAGCAAAAGACAGCAUUGCUCAAAAUACAGAGGCCGUGAGCGUCGAUGGAGCCACUGAGGUUGAGUGUGCUGUGAAUAUCGGCUCAGUCGAAGAUGCUGAAGAAACUACUCAACAUCUACAUGCCAGUGAUGACACAAUUGAUGAGCCUGUCCAUACUGAAAGCAAGGUUGAAGAGUCUGCGGAAUGUACCAAGGAUGCAGAUGCUGAUUUUGACUGCGCGGAUAAACAAGUGGAGAAGAACAGCUCAGCUGUAGAUUCGGAGGAAAGCCUCUAG